UUUGAUCAUUGUCGAAAUCAUUUUAAUUAAACAAAAACUGAUUUUUUUAAAAAAAAAGCAAAUUUGUUCAACAACAAAUACUGCCCAAUCAAUCAACAAAAAAUGAAAACAUUUAUUGUUGCCGCUAUUUUAGCCUUAGCCGCUGUUGCUUCGGCUGUACCAUAUUAUGGUAGUUAUGGUUUGUUUGGUGGUAUCGGUUAUGGUUAUGGUUUAGGUGCUGGUCCAGCUUAUUAUAAAGCAGUUGCACCUGCAUAUCGUACAUAUGGUGUUCCAGCAUAUUCAAGUUAUGCUUAUUCAGCACCAUAUUAUAAAUCAUAUGCUGCUGUUGCACCAGCUAUUAGCUAUGCAAGCUACGCUCCAGCAUAUGGCGGUUAUUAUGGCUUAGGCGGCUAUGGUGGUUACGGAUAUGGCUAUGGCGGUUACGCACCAGCUUAUUAUGGUGGUGGUUAUUAUAAAAAAUAUUAUUAAACCAAAUCGCUGAAUGAAUAUAUUUUUUUAUAUUAUAAAUAUAAAAAACAAGUCAUGUAAUUUUUUUCCGAAAAAAAAUCCUGC